AUGAACUCCAUAGUGGGGUCCUCCAAGGCCUUGGAAGAAGCAAAGCUCACGGGCACUAAUUGCGGCCCUGCCCUGUCGGGCACCUUGUCCCGCCGCGAGGACGUCGCCCAGGGCUCAGGCCCUGCCACGGCACCUCUGGUGGCGGAGGGUCCCAGCCCCAGCCUCCCGCGGAACGUGCUGAGCGAGCGGGAGCGCCGGAGGCGGAUCUCGGCGAGUUGUGAGCGCCUGCGGGCCCUGCUGCCCCGGUUCGAUGGCAGACGGGAGGACAUGGCCUCCGUGCUUGAGAUGGCCGUGCAGUUCCUCAGGCUCGCUGGAUCCCUGGUGCCUGGCCGGGAUCAGCACACUGGAGUCUAUUUGAAUCCUGGUUCUUGCUCCUUCAAGGAGGCGUGGCACUCGCUGCAGAAGAACGUUUUGCAGUUGGCCCUGUCACGUCAGAUUUUGGCAGGUGUUCCAGACCCUGGGAUUGGAAUGUCUGCUGUGACUCGGAAGGACGACCCCCCAAGCUGUGUGGCCGAGAGCAGGGCUCUGACAGGGCCAUCUGAGAUGCUGAACGGACCGCCCUCUACCCCAGAGCCUUCCAGCCUGGUGCCCCAGCUUGCAGGCCCAACUGAGGUCCUGGGGCCACCCCCACCUUGGCCCCUGUGCUCGCGGCCGCUGACCUCCCCCGUGAUGAGUGAAGAGGCUCCCAGCUGGCUGGGUCAGACUGAGUCCCCAGCUAGGGCUGCCACCCCUCCAGAAGGGCCAGCCAGGGAAGGCCAGGAGUCUUUGGUGCCUAUGGUAGAUGCAAGGUCUGUGUCAGGAUCCGACACGGAGGAAGGGACAUCAUUACUCCUGACUUCUAGUCCCGACUGGUGGCUAGGGCCCCUGGAUGGCAGAGGAUGUGGGGCCUCUACCUGGGCACCGGCCAGGAGCAGCCCACUCGACCGGACAGAGCCAGGUCUCCUGGAGGACUCUGAGCCUGGCUGCCAGGAGCUCCAGGAUAGUCCCCUGGAGCCAUGGGCCUCAGACUUGGGCUGCGCAGGCCUGGCCCUGCGUGACGAGGUGGACGGCAUCUUCCCAGAUUUCUUCUCCUGCUAG